AUGAAGGGAGAGGCCGUCGCCGACGUACUGCCUGCGCCGUCAGGGCACCCUGACGAGGCGCAGGAAAAUACACGCCCACCAACUGGGCACAGAGACGGGAGCGUGUUCGCCGAUGCCUGUGGCCCAGGCAGCGAACUCCCGCUCCAGCCUGUAUGCUUCCUCCAAGCACACGGCGUCAAUUCGUCGCGGCGAUCAAACGCCUGGAUUCUCGACGAAGAUUCGUUUGUGUUUGUGUCGGGAAGGCAGGUCGUCGUGCACCGUUUCCUCGACAACCAGAUAUGCACACAGGACAGUGCCUCCGAUGUGGGGGCCUCGCCGCCCUCAGAUCAGGCCAAACAAGAACUCGCAGCCUACUCCUCGAUGUUUUCGCCCCCCGGGGCACUGCGGAGAACUCCCGUCUUCUUGGAACCCCGCCAUGUAGACUGCACAAGGGCAGAUCCGUGGAUUUUGCGCGAAGCACCGGAGAACCCUAAACUCUCAGACGAUGAAAGGCUGCCUGCCGACGCCGGUAGAGUGGCUAGCGGGGUCGACGCGGCGCGCGACGACGUCUCUUGUGCAGCACGCGCUGGUGCCGCGACGCUCUCACCGUCCUGCGCUGAUGUCGACUCUUUUGUUCUGCACUAUGCUGCUGGAGAAGCGGGAAGCGGAGGAAUCUCAACUGUCGCCGUAGACCACUUCCACGAGCUGCUUGCCGUUUGCGAGUGGAGCACUGUCUCGCAACCUUGCAUCCACAUCUACUCGACGCGGACUUUCGAGCGCCAGCAGAUGCUGCGGGGCGGGAGUUCAAAUGGCUUCAGCUGCGCUGCAUUUCGAGGCCAUGAAUGUUUUCAGAGCGCCAGUGAAACGUCCACAGACGGACAGCAGCAAGGAUCUUCUGCAGCAGUGUGCGGCCGCGCGAGCACAGAGGACACUGGGGCCUCUGCGAACCGAGACGAAAAUAUCCUGGGUAGAAACUCUUUCUCGCUGUCUUCGUCCUUCGCGCGGAGCGCCAGUCAGGCGUCCCCCCAUAACGAAAAAGGGAGCGGAGCGGCGAGAGAAGGCGACCGCGGGCCUGAAGCGCAGGAAGACCUGGUGAAGCGCGGCAGCGGCACUCUCGCCUUCGGAUCUGACGCGUCACACCGGCGCAUCCGCGGCAGCUUCUUGUCGCCGUUUGCUUCGUCCUGCGCCACGUCCUCCGCUCAAGAAAAGGUGGGAGCUCCUGGAACGCCGGAGGGAAGCAGGAAGGAAACAAGCGCCGAUUCGCCGCAGAUGAGUUUCAGUUCGGAAUCCACCAUCGCUUUGGCAACCGUCGGAUGUGCGCCGGAUUUCUACCUCACCCUCUGGAAUGUCCGCGAGGGCGUUGCCCUCUUGAGAUUCAAAGCCAGCACUCAGGACGUUUUCACCGUGCAGUGGUCGUCGCUGUUCCCGAGUCAACUCGUCACGGCUGGAGCGCGUCACAUCAAACUGUGGAGUGUCGCCAAAACAUUCACAGGCCUGAAGCUGCAGGCGCAAGCAUGCAAAUUCGGGGCGCUGGCGCUCUCCGACGUCCAGAGCUUCGUUGACUUGGCUGACGGCUGGCUCCUAUCGGGCUCGGAGUACGGGCAGUUGCUGCUAUGGGAGGGUGCGCUUGUGAAAGCAGAAAUGAAACAAGCAGUCGCAACUGUCGUGCCUGGCCGCGCGCGUUCGCCUGCAGAGGCCGGCGCGGGGGAUGAAGACCCGAAAGGUGGACACGACUCCCAGGGGGAGAAGUCCGCCAGCGCAGGCCCGUCCACGUUCCCGCCUUCGCCCUCUCCCGUCAGCGCCUUCGACCGCGCAGCAGACGCGAACAGCGCCGGCGCCGCCUGCGCCUCGAGCGGGUCACCAGUGGGGUACGCAGGCCCGCUGGGGGCCUUGGGCGCGCCCAGCGCCAGCGCCGGCUCGGCGCCUCCGGGCAAGCGGCUGUCGAUUCUGAGAGACGACAGGCCUGACGGCGCGGGGCGAGGCGGGCGCAGGGCGUCCAUGAAGGUCAACUGCGGACCUGGCGCGGCACUCGAUGCCGCCCGCCGGGGGAGCAGGAAGGGCAGCCUGACAAACGCCUUGGGGUGGGCGCACCGCGGCGAAGGCGGGGUGGACGGCAGGGAGCGAGGCAGCUGGAUCGGCGAGCCGAGGUCCGCGGAGCCCAGUGGGACUGUUGUGGUCGUGGGCGUCCCCUGCCACGCGGGCGUAGUCUCCAGCGUGUUUCGAGAUCCCAACGACACGCAGAAGAUCGUCACAGCGGGUCACGACGGCUGCAUGAAAUGGUGGGCGGCCGAAGAAAUUCUGGCGGGGGCGGCAGAAGCCGACGAAAAAAUGACUGUCGUCGUGGCGCUACUUCGAUGCGUGCGGAUGCCCGAUAAACGCGGGAUUCGGCACGUCGCGGUUUCGCCGCGCUUCAGGCGCCAGCAAGACGCAACGCCCAGCAGGUGGAUUAUCGAAGACCUCGCAGGCGCCGUGUGGAGCUACACCCCCCUCAACGACGACCUCGUGAAGCUGCUGGAUGUCCACGCCUCCGCCAUCACCGGCAUCGCCCCUCUACUAUCGACGUUCGCGGUCGAGACGUUUGCCAGCCCUGAGGCUCUGGGAGACGCCUCCUGGUCCCUGCCCUCCGCUUCCGCCGCCUUCGGCGCUUCGUCCCGACCAGAGCCGCAAACGGUUUGCGGCUCUUCGGCGUCUGCAGCGGAUGAAGACAGCGGACCGGAGGAGCUCCUCAUGGCAGACGCGUCGGUCCUUGCGACGACGGGCGCAGACGGAACUCUCCGCGUGUGGCGCGACGCCCACCGCGGGCGCGCCGCCGUCUCGAGGCGCUGGAACUCGCCCUUCACGUGCCUUCAGUGCCUGCCGUUUCGCCUUCCCGCUCGCUCUCCUCGUUUUGCCCCCGCAGGCGCAUGCGGGGCCUCUUCAUCUGCGCCUAUCUCGUUCCCCGCUCAGCGUCCUCCUUCUUCCUCCUUCUCCUCAGCUUUGCCGACCGCCUCUGCGUCGUGUCCCGCCGCUCAGCUUUUCGUUUCAAACGCAGAGGCGUCCGCUUUAGGCGCGUCUCAGCGCGAUCUCUCCUCGCGCAAAAACGACCCAGUCGCAGAGGAGCCUGGAGACGUAUGCAUCGCCACAGGCUCUGCGGACGGAGUCUUUCGCGUGAUUCGUGUCUCCGCGGAGGAGAUCUCUGUCGUCUGCGCCAUCAAGACGCACGCCUCGGAGAUAAAGGCGCUCGCAUGCGCGGAAGGCGGCCGAUGCAUCGCCGUGCUGGGAGCAGACAACAAAGUGUUUUUCCUGCGAGCGCGCGAAAUGGACACAGCAACGGUGGCGGAGACGUCUCACGCAGGCGCCGCCAAAGCCUCAUCAGACAGGGCGGAGGCUCGCGCCGCCGCCCAAGGCUCAUCUCUGCGUUCGCAGGGCAAGCCCGAAGGCGAAUCACGGGAGGCGACCGGCUGCGUUCUUUCAUAUGCCGUUUCGGCCUGCGUGCAAGAACCUGAGACGAUCAAACAAGUUCUGUGGGAGAGCGACUGCCGCGCCCUCCUCGUGACGGAGGCGGCGACGCUGCUGCAGGUUUCCAUUGCCGCGGAGGAGCGAGAAGACGCGGCGAAUCCAAAACACACAGCGGGCAGCCCCCUAGACGCGAAGCACACAAAAGAAGCGACCGCGAUGCCGUGUGCUGACGCACUGAACCUCCGCGCUGCGGCCGUCAGGCGCUUCACCCUCUCGCUGCCAGCUUUCUCAGCUUUGAGGCGCCUGCAGCGGACGAAGCCAAUUUUGGCAGUCUCUCCUCUUGCGCGGGUGUCCGCGGCGUCUGGCUCUCCGUCGGACGCGUCAUCAAGCGCACAGAGCGAAGCGAGCCUUCCCGUGCACGCUCAGCGCGUCGCGAACGACUCCUCCUCGGACUCAGAGGCCAGCGCUGGGGAGGAAGAAGACGAGGGGUUCGACACUUCCCGCGUUUCAUCAAACGACAGGCGCUCGCCGCAGAGCGUAGCGAAAUGCUCACGGGACGCCCCAGGAGCUCUGGGGGCGUUGGCAUUCCGAAUCACUGCAGCGACGCUUGUCGCCUCGCCGACCAUCCUCUCGGCGCAGCGCCUCCCGCGCCUCUCGGUUUUUCAGCGGCCUGCGUUGCAGCCUGCGCAGGCGCUCACUGCAGCGGGGACACGUCUGUCGCUGUUCAACCUCUGCCGCCGAGAGGACGCAGAGAGCCGUGAAGCAGAGCGGAGCUCGAUCUUCUCGCGGUCGCGCCCGUCGUGCGCGGCUGCCGGUGCCUCCGCGCUGUACAUCGCCGGCACCGGGGCUCUCUCAGGGUUUCUGUGGAUGCUGAAAAUAAAAGGAACAAGCGGGAAGACAAUGUCCUCUGCGGCUGGAGACGUGUUCUCGGCGCAGCGCGCGUCAGAGUCCGCUGACAGUAAGAAUUCGCAGCUGCGGAGCCCCCGGAACAGCGAUGCAGGGGCAGAGGCCUCCCCAGCAGUUGAAGAAGAAUGCCUUGUUCUCUCGCCGAUUGCGAAUCUCGUCGGCUUAUAUUCGACUACCAAAAGUCCGCGAUGGGUGCCCGGCCCCGCGCCAGAAACGUCUAGGCGAAGACGCGCAGGCGACCAACAGCAAGAGGGGCGGGUGCUGGAGUCUGCAAACGGCCCCGCCGGCGGGUCUUCGGGCGCCAGUCGGGUUCCACCGGACCCCGGCGACGGGACGGCAGAAGGCGACGCGCGGAAGAGCCUCGAGGGACGUGGUCGCGAAGGCGCGGAGACCACGGAGAUAUCAGGAAGGGGGAAGAAUCGGCGGGCAUUUGCCGCUGGCGACGGGCGCGGGAACGAAGAAGGGGAAAACAGUCUAGUGGUCCAUCUUCUUGAAAAGGUGCCCGAUCGAGAUCUCCUGCUUGCUGGCAUGAGCGAUGGCAGGCUCCUGAUCGUUCACCUCAAGUUACAUCAGAUUGGGUUCGUGCUGCCGGCGUUCGACUGCCAGGGUGGCCCUGUGUCGGCGCUCGGCGUUUUCCCGCUGCGUCCAGUGUUCUCCGAAUAUAAGCUCGCGGUGGCGCGGGCUGUCGAGGCGAGUCAGCGCACCGCGCAGGCACGCCGCGUCGCGCAGGAGACGCGCGAGGCGGCGGCGAAGCUCGCGAGGCAGGUGAGCGCUUCGGCUGAGGAGCCUGAGCGCCUCCGCGCCGCCUCGAUCGCGGCGGAGGAGGCCGGUGCAGCGGAGGCAGCCGCCGCCGGAGCUGAACGUGAACUCGACGUGCACCUCUCUCGCCUGUCAGCCUACGAGGGACGCCUGCUGCUGCUCGCGGGAGCCCGCGACGGCACGUGGUCGAGUUUUCAACUCAACGAAACCGCGCUGGAGGCCGCAGCUGAGGCGGAGUGCGCCAAGUUGCUGGCGCGGCUGCGCGAGAGAGCAGAGCGGAAGAUGAAGAAAAGGGCGGCGCGAGAGGCCAAGGAGAAGGAAUUCGCGAGGCAGCAAGCCAGAGAACUCGACGGCAGCGGCGAGGAGGAGAAUGGGCAGGUGCGGAAACCCGAAAAGCAGGACGAGGACGGAGAGCUCUCAGACGGAGAUGACGAUGCACGCGAAUCGAAAAUGCUAGGAGGCGUCACCCUGACCGCGAUACGGACAACCGAGAAACACAAGAUCACAACCGAUCUCUGCGUCAGCUGGAUGGUCGACGUCCUAGUCGCGCCGCGUGGCAUGCACAGCGCCAGAGAAGCUGCGGCGAGCAGAAAGCGUCAGCAGGCCCUCGCUCGGCGUUCGCCUUCGUUUCUCUCUUGUGCUUCGUUGUCCGCUCCCGCUGCUGCGGCGGCGGGUCAACUCGCUGAGCCUGAGAGAGUGCCCGCGCCGGCUGAAGCAAAGGAAAGAGAGGACGCAGAAUGGGAAGGGAAGCCGGAGCCCGACGGGCGAAAGGGAGACUCCGCUGGGGAUGAGUCGGUCAGUGAAGCAUCCAUAGAUCAAGCAGACGAUCACGGGAGAAGCGCGAGAGCAGAUUCGCUGCAGGCGGCGGGUGCGUCGCAGGGGAGUGAUGAUGAAAAAGACGAACGAAAGGCAGACGCUGCAUAUGCGGAUGGCACUUCUGACCUUGCGGGGGGAGAGCGAGAGAGCGGCGCUAAAGUCGUUGCUUCUUCUGCGUCGCCUUCCAGUUCAUCUUCGUCCUCCUUCGCCGCGGCGGGUUCCAUGUAUCAAGCAGCCCUGGCUGCGGUUCAGCGCAUGCAAGAGCGAGAGAGGCUCUUCAGCCAACUCGACGAGUUCGAGGCCGCGGCGGAGGCCGCGACGAGCGUCUCGCGGGCAGAACAGGAAGCCUCGUCUGCGAUACUCAGGAAAGAAAAAGACGAGGAAGAACGGAAGAUAAAGGAGCAAACAGAUGCGGAACGAAACGACGCGUGCAAAGAUGUGACCGACGCAGCUGCACUGUCGCUCGAGCAAAUUGCUCACCACCGCCACCGGGAGCAAGAGGUACGCGACGCUGAACAGAAGAAGGCGGAGAUGUACGCGAAGAUCGCAGAGCUCCAAAAACGUUACGCGGAUAUCUGGGAGCGACGCAAGAAACUUCCAUUUUCCCCUGGGGAAGAUGAGGCACUGCUCGCUGACCCAGAGUUCCUCAACGCUUACAAGGCUGAGCUCUCAAGAACGCUUGAUGCGCAGAAAGCGAAACUCACGGCGCAACUCAAAAUCGUCGCGAUCGGCCUCAGGAAGCUCGUGAUGCGCUUCCCAGAUCGUUUGAGCGCCGCAAGAGUCUACGCGUUUUUCAGCGACCUGGCAGUCGAGACCGUGCCUUGCAUGCAGCAGCGAUCUCUCACUCAGCUCUGCAGCAGCUGCGACUUUGCUGCUGCCGCGAGAAAUCUGGAGGGCUCUUGCGCGGCGCGCGACCCUCUUCUACGUGAGGCGCCUCUUGCUUCUGCUUGCGCCAGCGAAGACGUGACGCUGUCGCCAGUGCAUGCGGGGCUUGCAACGGCUUCGUCCCUCGAGGAGAGCCGGCGACAGGGCGCGGCGCGGUCGCGGAAGGGCUCGCUGAAAGGCGAGCGGCAGACCGCGGUGCAGCAGGAGGGCGAGGAGGAACGGCAGGCAAACGACGACAGAAAAGGUGACGCUUCGCCGUCUUCGUUUCUCGCCGAAUCCACUUCUGCGGUCCGUCGUUCUAUGUCGGUCGCUCCCGAGGAAGACGAGCGCGUCUCGCUUCGUGAGCAGCUCCGACAACAGACGCUGCUCCUUCUGCGAAAACGAAAUGGAACCGCGGCUGCCUAUGGCGGCAAAACACGCGAGAGAAGCCACGAAUCAAACAUCUCCAGCGCGCGACCGAGCUUCACCGAUCGAGAGCCCACUAGCAUUCUUGCAAAAGCCGCGCCGGUCGUCACCGCUGUACGUACGCCGCAGCCUGCGCCGGCGGGCGGGGCUCCUGAGAGCGCCGGCGCUGGGCGCGGAGAGAAUGCGGCGGCAGCAGAAGCCCGAGACGGGCGAUUCAUGCUUCGCGGAAAAACAGCCCGCGGGGGGGAAGAAGAAGGCGCCUCGGAAAAAGAAAGAGGAAGGGCGGCGAGAGCGCCGGAAGCAGCCUCCAGCUGUGGAGACCUACCUGACGGAGCCGGAAUGGCGGCGGAUGGACUUCAGGAGAACGGUGUCCGCGCGGAGCUGCGCGCGGAGCGGUGGCGACAAAAGGAACGCCUCCAGGCGCUCAAGCCAGACGAGGCCUAUACCGACCCUGUGGACGAGCAGCGCAUCGAAGAUGCCGUCCGCUCCAUGGGCUAUCAGCGCAUGAAAACGGACGAAUGUUACGCCAUAGAAAGCAUGGUCAACGCUCGGACGAAGCAGGAGGAAAUUCGCCGUCUGCUGGGUUUCCUUCAAGACCGAAUCGUGGCCUUCAACGUUCAGAUCUACGCGUUGAGCGACCGCCGCGCUGCGCUCUCGAGAGAAGUGAAAUCGGGGGCUGCACUCCUCCGCGCCAGUCUCCGCGAGCUUGGCGUCUGCAGCGAGGCGCACGGCAGUCAAGAGGCGAAGGGCGGGGACAGCGACUCCCGCGACGGCCGAGAGAACGCGGAUCUCCUCGCCACGCUCUGCAAACAUGGCUGGAGCCUCGUGGAGGCCCUCGACCGACUCGUGUCGCCGCGGCGUCGGAGCGGGCACCAGAAGGGAGAGACGAGACAGAUGAGGAAGGAAAGACACCAGGGAGACGCUGCUGGGGAUGGAGAGGCCGAGGGCGUCGCUGAAGACCUCGUUUUCCCCCAGAGUCACCUGACGCGCGUGACAAGAGAAGAUCUUAUCUCCUUCCUCCGCAGGACACGGCCGAGCAGCGGCGAGGGUCGCGCGGGGGCUUCCCUCUGUGCCUCGGCGUCGUCUGUCGCGUCUGGCAGUCAAUCGGCGUCUUCGUCUUUGCAGUCUUCGUCUUCGCAGUCUUCGUCUUCGCAGUCUUCGUCUUCGGGCUCUGUCUCGUUCAGCAGCCCGCGCGUGGCCACGCGCCCGCGCCUCGACCCCCUCGCCGUUGUCGCCGAGCUCCCCUUCGGCGCACCAGUCGCGCUCGCGCCCUCUCUGCAGGUCUCCCUCGUCCACCGCUGCGGGGCGGGCGCCUGCGGGCGUUGCCUCCACGAGGAUGAGCCGAAGAGAAGAGGCAGCAGAGACCAGUGGUGCGAAGCGCGCCUCGCCCGAGCGGCGGCGGCAGACUCCGCCGUGCUUCACGGAAAGGUCGCGCGCGCUUCGUCAAGCCCUGAGUUGACGCCGUGCCUCUCCCGCGACUCGGUCCCAGUCUGCGCUUCAUGGGAGGCGACAGCGGAGCGAGUGCGACCAGACUUCGACUCGAAAGGCCAGCCUUCCGCCAGGCCGCGAAGCUUCGAAGAGCUACACACUCUGGAGCUUCAGCUCUUCUUCGCCGAGCUCAGGCGAAGGCGCAAUUCAGUCGCGCUCGAGACGCAAGGCGGCGACAACAAAGCCUCAGGCCCCCCUUGGGAAACGGCCGUGGACGACGACAAAGCAUCUCAGCAGGAGCCGACGCGGAGUGACGCUCGAUGGCCAGAUGACGCGAACUCGCGCUUGACGCUUCUGCUGACUGCGAGGAGGCGCGGCCUGGCUCAGCGCGUUGUGGAAGUCGUCGAGCAGAUUCGCGUCUCGCUGCAUCAGUUCGAUCGCGACGUCCAUCGUCUGCACGCCGAACGUGGGAAGCUGAUGGAGCUCGCGAAGCUCGCAGACCUCCAGCACCUCGUUCUCCUCGAGGAACUCGAGCUCCUGAAGCUGAUGGAAGAAGAGGACUACCGCCUGCAUGAGAGACGCCGCGAGGCUCUCGGCGACCGCGAGGCCGUUCGUGUGCGGCUGGAGAGACUCGCAGACGAUCUGUUGGAAAAGAAAGGCGCGCUAGAGGAGGUGCAGGCGACAGAGGAAGCGAUCAGGCAGAAGCUGGGAGAGGUCAUCGGCCCCAAGAACGCCUUCACUGCGCAUCUGGUGCAGAUUUUCAAUAGGAAGGUCAAGAAAGCGCGACGUCCGCAGCCGGCUGGAGUUGACGACGAGGACGACGAGGAAGAAGACCUUCGGCGCUUCGACGAUGACGAUGCGGACGACGAUGACGGAGACCUGGAAGAAGAUGCAGCGCCCCCUGGCUGUGACAUGCAGAGCUACGAGAACGUCCUUGAACUGCGAGACAUCAAGACUGAGACGGAGCUGAAGCUCGCCGCGCUCAAGAAGGAAAUCGAGGAGAUAAAGAAGGAGCUCACGCGGCAGACCGCCCUGGAGAAGCAACACACCCAGCGCGUGAAGCAGACGGAAGAAGAAAUUCAUAAAUACCAAAAAGAGAAACAGAAACGGGCGAAUCAAAUGCAGCAAGUCGUUCCCCUUACGGCCUCGCAGAUUGAGUGCCUAUACACCGACGAUAGCGACGCCUGCGGCGCAAGCGCGUCCGGCGUUCUUCCUCCAGACCUGCAAAAGGAAGUUGUUUUCACUCGCGCCGGCUUCGGGCGGCUCUUCCAGCGGAUCAAGGACUUGCGCAUCGAGACUGAGGCGACCCGCGCUGAAUAUCGAGAUCUAACUCGGAGUUUUGCCGUCUCUCAGAAAGAGAAAAAACAGACGAUCAAGUUGAUUGAGCGCUUGACGCAGAAGUUUCAGGACGUUCAGCUUCUUCGCUUCGGCGAGGACGUGACUCUGGAGCAACUCGAAGAAGCCACAGCGACCGUGGAAGCCGCGAAGGAGCGAGAAUAUCGACGGGCGAACCUCGAAGACCGAACUCACGCAUCGCAAGAGGCACAGGCGCUCGCGGAGAAGCGGCGAACGAUCGAGGAGCUAUCGAAGACGCGAUACACACUCCUUCAAGAAAACACAAAACUCCUCAAGACCGUAGCCAACUUAAAGGAGUCCGAGAUUCUUCUCCAGCAGGCGCUAGGCAAAGACGCCAAUGCCGCAGCAGGCCAGGACUGGGCUGCAAAGGCGCAGCGAACCCAGAGAGUGAAGAAACUGAAGGAAGUGCUGAGGCUGCAAGAAAAGGAAAUCGAGACACUGAAGAAGGAAAUCGAGCUGUUCAAGCAAAAGGGCGCUCACAUCGACGCGGCAGUUCUGUAUGGGCCGCGGGAGCCCUGCUUUCACUCUCUAAAUUCCUUAGCGGAACGGCGCGUCCCCCAUGACCGUGAGACCUGA